GCCCCGAGGUAUGAAAGGUGGUAUGAUGGAAGCCUGGGCGGUGAUCUUCUCUUCCGAGCGAGGGCACAGUGUAUGGAUGUGAAUGCAAGGAGUUACAGGUGGUCUGAGUCCCGCAGCAAAGUGUGCCAGAUGUGUGACAUGGGAGAGGAUGAGACGGUGGAACAUGUGGUGCUGGAGUGUGUGCAGUAUGCCAGAGACAGGAAUGAGAUGAUGCAAGUGAUACUGACUGAGUUAGGGCAUGAUAGGAAUGAAAGAGUGGAGAAGACAGGAAAGGAAUGGAUGGUGUUGUUGCUGGGACUGUGUAGAGAGGCCAAUGAAAGGAUGAUUGAGGCGGUGAAAGAGUUUCUGGAGAGAAUGUGGCGUGCCAGGUGUAUGAACAAUUAGGAUAGAGGAUGCUGUUCGUUUCUCUUUUUUUUUCCCCUUUCUACAGGAGUUGCCGAUCCAAAGGCCUGGCUCAGGAGUGAUCCUGUGCCACCUGUACCAUCAAGAUCAAGAUCAAGAUCGAGCUCACUGGGUACUUGUAGCUGCGUUUGGUUUCUUCAGUUUCCACAAGAAAAGAAGUCCUUCAAGAUAACGCAGCAUGCUAAACAAACAGGGGCCUCGCUGCACCGGCGGGACUCAUUAAUUGUAUACCUUUGUCGUUACAUUUGGCCCUUUUCAGUCUCAUAAAACAGGUUGAGCCAUGGGAGGAGGCAGUAGUGUACCAACAAAGCAAGAUUCCCUUGCCAAAGCUGCCUCUGAACCUGCAGCAGGAGAUGGCAUCAAAUCCAUUAGAACUACAAGUGUGUUUAAAGCAGUCAACUUUGAACUAUAUAUUAAACCAAAUCUAGCAGUAAUGGCAUUUGGUACAGUAGCAAUACUGUGCAGUGCAGCCUAUCUUGCUUACAUGAAGUCGCAGUUUAAAGAAUCGAAAACAUAUGUUGCAAUAGGAGAAGACGAUUCAAAGGUCCUUUUGCUUAAAAAGUCUAAAUGGGAUUAAGCGAUUUUUAUUAUGGAAUUUUGUGUAAAUAAACCUUGAAAUGAUCUUUUAUUGUUAC